AAAGGAUUCACCGAGGAAGGACUUUCAAAACUUCAGUGCGAAAGCCCAACAGCAAAACGGUGGACAACAAAAAUCAUUUUCUCCAUCUCGCAAAUUUGGGGAACGAUUUUAGCCUCGAUAGAUAUCAAGACCGCCUACCUGCAGUCGCAAGUUCCCGAAGCUAAGCAGGACAAAAACGAUAUCUAUGUCGAGCCACCGAGGGGCGACUCACCUAUCCAGCCAGACGAAAUUUUCAAAAUGGCACGCCAUAAGCACCUCUAUGGCAUGAAAAGAGCUGGACGAAAAUGGUGCGAAACGCUCAGAGAUGCCCUAAUCGAGGACGAAUGGAUCGCGGACAGUGUCGACCCAUGCUUGUUUUGGAAAACUCUCACCGACGAAAACGGCAAGAGAGUGGUGAUUUCGUUUCACGUCGACGACAUGGUCUUCACAGGACGAGAAAUUUUUCUGAACAGCAUCAAGAACGGGCUAGAUGGCAAAUUUCAAGUCGGAACAUUCGACGCUAUUCCGGGAAACAACAGAGAAAACAUGAGCGGAAUGGCGAAAGUGAAUUCCUUCAAAUUUCUUGGCGCAGUAGUGUCGAGAAUUCAGAAAACGCUCUACGUUUCGCAAGCUCACUAUCACAAAAAUUUUUCGGAGAUGGCAACACCGACGGAACUGAACGAAGAAGAUUUGCUACCGCGGGCAUUACAGAGCGCAGCCCGAUCCAGUUUGGGUCAGUUGCUCUGGAUUGCAAUUUUCACCCGCCCCGACAUUCUCUUUGAGACCAUUGAGAUUGCGACCUGCGUUA